AGUGUGAGCUUGGCCGUUAGUGAGAGAGGGUGUCAAUCGUCUGUGUCCGAAGGACGCUCGGCAGGCCAGGGCGGAAGGGUGCGACAAGAGGAAGGAUGGGCAAGCAAGGGCAGACGGGAGGAACCUUUGUGUCAUGUAUCAAGUCUCUUCUUAUGACCUUCAAUGUUUUGUUCUGGAUCCUGGGCGCCGUGGUGCUGGCUACGGGCAUCCUGGUGAAGGUGGAGGUGUAUAAGUAUGUGGAGGUGUCACACGAAUUUUCAGCCACCGCCCCCUACGUCCUGGUGGGCACUGGAGGAUUCAUGCUACUGUUGGGGUUGUUGGCGUGUUGCUGUACCGCCAAGGGUCAACCUGUGCUGCUCUAUAUUUACGCCGCCUUCCUGCUGGUGAUUCUGGUGAUCUUGGUUGGGUCCGGCGUGAGCACGUGGGCCUUCAGGAAACACCUCAAAGCAGGCUACGAGGAUGGACUCACGCGCGCCCUAACAGAGUACGAGAGGAACCCCGCCGUCAUGAGCGCUGUCAACACCCUACAGAACAUGCUGUCGUGUUGUGGGAUUCAGAACGCGAGUGACUGGGUGGCAAUGCCUUAUGGACAAAGCCACGACCCGCCCCAGCCACUCUCCUGCUGCAGGGAAACGAGAGAUGCCGUGUGUGUCGCCCUCCACCCUCAGGGUUGCUACACCACCGUGGUUCAGUUCCUGGAGAGCAGCACAGGUGCUCUGCUCAUCGUGGCCCUCAGCAUCGCAAGCUUCCAGUUCUUCGGCGUGGUGCUGGCCUGCUGCCUCGCCCGCGGGAUCAACAAAGCAAAGUACGAGCAGGUCUGAGGACGCGCCCCGCUCCCCCGUCCACUGCCCCACCCAUCGGACGGCCAGUACGCCCACGCUUACACCCAUCCAGCCCGCCCGCAGCCCCACGCAACCAUCGGGAGGAGCUUAUCGGGUGGCGCGCGCUCUCUUCCACGCCCUGCUGUCCGCCCCACGCCUCCAGAAACCUCCUUCCACGUGUGAGGCUUCGAUACUCCCCCGUGAAGCUCCGAAUCGCGCCCUUUGAAGCCUCCGAAGCCUCAAUGAAGCAUAAUUUGUCCCUAUCCUUAUCUUUGGGGUGUGUGGGGUGGCGGGGCUUCCUCUGGGUGUGGGGAGUGGGGAGUGGGUGUGUCUGGGGUGGUGGGUGAGGGGAGGGGAGAUGUGGGGAGUGUGCAGGGGAGUGAUCGAGAGGGAGGAGUGAAAAGGGAGUGUUGUGAUUAUUGUUGUUGUUUUUUUGAGGGCACUGUUGUGAGGAACAUGCAGAAAGGACAGAGAGAGAGAGAGAGAGAGAGAGAGAGAGAGAGAGAGAGAGAGAGAGAGAGAGAGAGAGAGAGAGAGAUUUUAAACGAAUACACACACACACAUACAAAAGAAACGCAACAAUUUUUCGAGUGUAUGAGUGUAGUGUGUGUGUGUGUGUGUGUGUGUGUGUGUGUGUGUGUGUGUAUCGAGACCAACAUACAGGAAGUCUCAAUACAAAUCACGAGGCCUGUAAAUGUUAAUAGUAGAAUACAUAAUAUACAUAAACACGGACACAGACACACACACACACACACACACACACACACACACACACACACACACACACACACACACACACACACACACACACACACACACAACAGAACACAACAAAA